AGAGCAUGCCAUGCGAAAUAUGCCUGAAGUAUCAACGCAUUCGUCGAGUUCGGGCCACGAUCCUGUACCGUCGAUUACACAGAAUAAUCCGCGACAUCUGGGGGAUCCAUACGGAGGUCUAGCGGUCAUAGCGAAAACCCAAGGAAUCGUCGUCUCGCCAAUCUCGGAAUGGGAUCUUGCCCAGAAAAGGGCAUGGCCUCCUCCGCUGUAUCAAGCAUACUGCGAGAAGCAUUUCCUGCAAGAGUGUUUGGUUUAUUAUUCCCUGGAGGCAGAGAAGCUCGAGAAGGAGGAGGCGCGACUGGCCAGGCUGGUUGCGGGCUUUGGACGUACGCACGGUAACAUGAACGCCAGCGCCCCCAGGCCGACAAGAGUACAACCCCGGCGAGGAGCGAAGGAGGCUGCCGCGAGCAAAGUAGCCCCUGCGCAGACAGAACCGAAGGAAUUGCGACAGUCAAGGGCCAGAAUCGAAAGCUUCAUAAGGGUUAGACAGUUGCAUCUCUCCUGGUCUGAAUUCUGCGCCCGGCUGCAGGUUGAAAUCACCCAGGUGGCGAGUACGUUAUAUGCUCGUCAGCAAAAGAAGCAUCGUCAAGAGACGACCAAAUCAAAAGGCGAGGCAACCAGGACCAGAAAGGACAUCCUGCAUAAACUCGGAAAUCUUGAGAGAACCUUUACGCAUGAGAAGUGCCCUUUUGAGAAUGGUGUCAGCGUGGAAUGUCGCUACUGCCAAUGCCGACCCGAAGGCGUACGUGAGAUGGAGGCCAGUGGGACAAGGGUAGCGCCAGUUGCGCCAAUGCACUUCAUAGAGGAAAAGGACAUCGAAAAAGAGCAAGUUGUAGAAUUCGGGGGCCUGGUGUUCGCAGUAGACCUCUGCGGUGACGAAGCGAAGAUUAUCCUGCUCGAUGUCCCAGUGCUCGAACCGGCAUGCUCAGGAUCAAGUCUUAGUCGCGUGGUGCCCGAGAGUCAAUCUGAGUGCGCGUCAGAUAAUUUAGAACGGCCGAGCCCUGCUGUCAAAAGCCGGGACAUUUUGAUAGGCACAGAAACGAAACCAAAGCCUGAGAGGCGAAAGCUCAUCUAGUCAGUUGGCG